CCGGGGUCGCGGAAGUCAAGCAUCGCGUGUGAUAGUGACAUGUAAUAUCAAAACAUGUCGCGUUGUUAAUGUUAAUGUUUUCUGCCAUGAUUGAUAGUAGCGUCAAGAAAUCCAAUCAGUACAAAAAUAGCUACUACAUUUGGAAUUCAUAUUUCAGAAAUAGUUUGCUUGGGCUGUAGGCAGCUGAUGUAUAAUUUAAUCUUAAAAUUGGUGUAGCUAAUGUGGCAGAAUUACCAAGAGCAAAUUCAAAUAAAUAUUUAUUUACAUAUUUCCUUUCCGUAAAAACACUCACAAUAGAUAAGAGCACCUGCCGGAAGAUCCUGUCCCCAAACUUGCUACCUACUGAAAAAGGGAGGAAAAAUAGCUAACAACUGUUUACAGCCGUAGUAAUUCUUAUUGCAAAUUUUUUUUCUAAAUCAUACAUAAAAAACCAUUGUCAAACGCUUUUUAAAAAGAAGAGUAGAGAUCAAAACAUUAACAACGCGACAUGUUUUGAUAUUACAUUUUUAUAUUACAUUAUAUAUAUAUUACAUUAUUACAAUUUGACCCUGCCAGCCCGCGACGGUUUGAAUUGUCGACGUGACGGUUGGAGUCCGUUGCGGGUCUGCUCUCGACUCGCCUCACCUCAGUCGUGUAUUGCCCACUUCUUUGGCGAUUUAGGACCUUGGAAAUGGGAAUUUUGGCGAUGUGAAUAAUGGAAAAUGUGCGUUAUUUAUCAGAACAUCUGUUUCUGGCGGAAUCGUCUCCAUGUCGCAAAUGUUACGGAAUUUAUCGCCCCCGAGAGCGGAGCCGGUCAAGAGAGGUUUGCCAACCUUCUCUUCUCUUCUCUCUACUGUCAUCUGGGUGAAAAACUGUCGCUCCGAAAAAGGCCUUAAACAGUGCCUAGGGGGUCUGAAAUGCAGUCAGAUUACAAAGAAAAACAAGAAGACGCUAAAGGUAAGCUUCAAAGCGAUAUUCAAUGUACAUUUUGCUAAUUUAGUGAGCAAAGAAUAUUUCUCCAUACAACGUCUUAUAAUUUUCUUGCUGUAUGAAUAAUUAAUUAGCUAAGUAGGAUAAUGUUGUUCACGGCUCUCAUAGUGAGCUUGGGCUACCUGUGGUGUAGCCCACGUCGAAUUUUCAGGGGGUUUGCUUUUGUUUGUAUUUGUAUCUUGCUAAGCUUUUAUCAUUAAAUUUGUACAUGAUCUUGUGAUCACAAUUCUGUGUUUUCGCCCAUUCAGCAAGCACGCUAUAUUGAUGUCAGCAUUAGCGUCGAAUUAGCGAGUUUCAGACACAUGCCGUGAUGUUUCUUGAUAUUUCUUUUACCAUUUUAUGGAGAUGUAAACUGAAGUCACGGUAAAAUGGAAACUUAAAAAAGCGUAUAAUCCAUUUACCUCGAAACAUAACACACAUGACUUAUGCGACCCUUAUUUUCGUAAAGGUGUUUUGAAUACGAACGAACACAGUCAAUGUGAGGGGCAAAAACAGCAUUAAUGUAAAUGAACCAUAGGGUUUUAACUAAUAUAAGGGUCAAUCAUUGUGCAUUAAGAUGAAUCGCUUGAAAAGAGAGACUUCGCUUGAAGAUGUGAUCAGAAGUAAAGAAAGGCAUAAUAGUGCGUCACGUUCAGUCUUUUUAAUAUCCAAGGAGUCACCAUAUUGUUUAGCUGGCACAAAAACUUCGGACGAGUUUUAACGCAUAGUUAUCUUCCAUGAAGAAAAGUUCGUCUUGGGUGAGACAAACAGAACUGGAGCGAAUUUUUAACUCACAUCGGUAUCAGGUAAAAAAUAUGUUAUCAAUCGUUUCAUCUAUUUACAUUGUUUGAAGUGCGUGCUGGUGAACGCAACAUGCGAGCGAGAAAUCUUUAAACUUUUUUAGGUCUCAAAAUGCAAAGGAUUUUAUUCCUUUAAGUUAGAGAAAAAUACCAUGAAGAAAAUCUUAAAACUGAAUAUUUUUCAUCUUGUGGAAAAAAUAGUGCGUUUUCUUGUAGACUGUGGACUACGGUGGACCGCAAAGUAGGAUCAAACUUUUCACAAACAUGCGAAUUCUGAAGUUCAGAAGCCAACCGACGAUUGCGUUUUUCGCUGGUGUCAAUCAUCUUAACGGACCUCUUAGGAAACAAAACUUUACUUCACAGGUUCAAAAGGUCAUGGUUGGUGAUUUGUGGAUUUCGAUCCGUUUUGUGUGUUUCUCUGUUUCAAGGUUCGUUGCUUGUGAUCGUAAUUAGGGAACUUAAGAUGGAGACGUUUUCGGGGCGACGGCGACUGGACUGGCAGAGAAAGCCUGGAACUAAGGCAGCCGUCGCUUCCCGUCAAAAAUAGAACAUUAAGAUCGCAGUGAACUCAGAAGGACGGCGCCUUUAAUUAGAAGAAUACCGAAGAGGAAAAUAUGGCUUCUCAUAAAGAAUUAAGAGAAUAAAUAUUUGCUAUGCACACAACAUGUAUUAGAUGAAGAGUUUCUCGUUUUGUGGGAAAAUUAUGAGUCCAAAAAUCCCGAUUUUCCCCGGGACAGUUACGAUCCGUUCACGCGAAAAAACAUGCGGGAUGCAGCUGAGUUCAAGGCAGAAUUUCGUGUUGAAAAAAAAAAUUAUCUCCACAGGCUUGCCGAAGCCUUGCAAAUUACAGGAACAUUAAAAUGCUACCAAGGAACCGUAUUCUUAGUUUGGUAUUGAAAUAAUUCCCGGGAAAUAGUUGCAUGCAACAACAACAACAACGGCAACAACUUAAGUUGUCAGUACAUGGUAUUACCUACUAUUCUAUAUAAUUUUCAAUGCGUUUCAUUUACACGAUAUUCUAACAAAAAGAGCGAACUAAAAACACACAAUUGAAAUAUCGGAGUUCAUAUUUUUUGUCUGAAUACUUUUAUUUGGCUCGUAAGAAAAUUUUGUCCAUGUCAAGCUCACUUACGGUUGGCUGUUUGCCAAGUUGGAUCUUAACCCUGUGACAUGAAAACAUAGAAACAUUCAAAGAUGUAAGUUUAGAUAAUAGAGCUUGGAAAUCGAGCUUGAAAUGUGCCUCAAAGAAAACAAGGACAAUUUAAGAACGAUAAUCUGCAAAAUGUUGGUUGCUAAACGCAACAAAACCUGAUUGAAAUGAAAGUUAAAUACUCACGUUUUCGCCACAACGCCAAACAGACCAGUUUCACGUCGCCGACGGGACCACGACGGCAAGGUGGUGAGCAGGAGCAUGCGCAAUAGCCAACAAAUGAUGAUGUCACGUCCGGUUGAAGUUGCCGUCGCCCCGGAAACGUCUCUAUCUUAAGUUCCCUAUUAUGAUUGACGGCAGCGAUAAACACAAUUGUGAAGGUGGCUUUUGAACUUUAGAGUUCGCAUGUUUGUGAAAAGCGCAGUAAAGUCUCCGUGCAGUCAGUGAGGCCCCUGGAUCAGGCGAGAUCAAUGGGCAUUUAACUGUCUGUUUUAGUAUACUUUUGGUUUUCAUACAAUACAAUAUUUCUGUCUAGUGUAAAUCAGCUCAGUCUGUCGCAUUUUAUGCUCGUAGAACGACAACAAUUUUUGGAAUUUCCAGUUACGUCAAAUUAGUAACGUUAUACUGUCACGCUAUAUUUUGGGGCACCGAGGGAUUGGGGGAGGGGUGCGUGGAAAUAAUGCAACUUGUUUCCUGCUUAGAAUUAAUGGCUGACUUGUUUAUUUUUAUUCAUAAUGGUGGAAUUUAAAAGUCAUUAUAGAGCCCCCACUUAAAAAUGGUACUCUUUUUUUGGUUACGAAAGUCUUUCAAAAGGGUACAAUGUUCUGAGUGAGUUUAUGUUUCAGUCUCACAUGAGUUUCUGUCGCAGGCAAUGGUUGCCGACAAGGUUUUAUGGUAGCCUGAGUGUGUAUAGCCGCCCCCUCCCUUCAGAAAAAAUAGCCCCUUUGCAGCCCAGUUAAAAAUUGCCUUUCGGCGAUUCUUGUUGUUGUAUGCACGACCCCGCCAGCAAUGCUGAUUUUUUUAUCGUGCCGUAAACUAAGGUUCUUAUCUACCCACCCACCUAUCUAUCUAUCUAUCUAUCUAUCCAUCCAUCCAUCCAUCCAUCCAUCCAUCCAUCCAUCCAUCCAUCCAUCCAUCCAUCCAUCCAUCCAUCCAUCCAUCCAUCCAUCCAUCCAUCCAUCCAUCCAUCCAUCCAUCUAUCUAUCUAUCUAUCUAUCUAUCUAUCUGUCUACUCCCGAUGAAAUGGUUGAAAUCUGGGAAAAUAUGUUUUUAAAAAUAGCUGACGCUCAUGCGCCCAUAAGAACGCGGCGAGUAAGAAAUAAAAAAUCCCCUUGGAUUACUACUGAUCUGAGGGAGCUGAUAACAGCUCGAAACAGACUGAAAAGGCAGGCUAUAUUAACAAAACAGCCAUCUAUCUGGGAUAAAUAUAGAAAAGAAAGAAAUAGAAUAAAUAAUGAGAUUAAAAUGGCAAAAACGAAUUAUUAUAAAUCAGAAGUGGAACAAAAUGUGGGUAACCCGAAGGAAAUAUGGAGGACAAUCAAUGAAUUAACAUAUCGUAAGUGCACUAGUAACUCUUCAAUAAGUGAACUAAAAAGUGGUGAUAACUCCUUCACAAAACCCGCAGAAAUGUGUGAGAUUUUAAAUGACCAUUUUACAUCUGUCGGUCCAAACCUAGCCUCCACACUGCCUAGUGGAAAUACAAGUUUUGACUCUUACAUAAAGCCUGUUUCCACGACUUUUAAUUUACAACAUACCUCUGCCACUGAAGUUUUAAAGUUAUUAGGUAAAUUAUCUCCGAACAAGGCCACUGGCCUUGAUAACAUCUCAUGUCGGCUUCUAAAAGAAGCUGGCCCAAUUAUUGCCACUUCUUUAACCUGUAUCAUAAACAAAACCAUAGAUACUGGCCUCUUUCCUUCACAGUGGAAAAUGGCUAAAGUAUUUCCUUUGUAUAAAAAGGAUGAUCGCACAGAUGCACAAAACUAUAGACCAAUAUCUGUCUUGCCAGCCAUUUCUAAGAUUUGUGAAAGGGUAGUCUACGAUCAACUAUACAGGUACUUAAAUUCAAAUGGCCUGUUGACAAAGAACCAGUCUGGAUUUCGUUCCCUUCACUCUACAGUGACAGCACUGUUACAUUUAACAAAUAAUUGGUAUCUUAACAUUGACAAAGGCAUGACCAAUUUGAUUGUGCUUCUCGAUCUUGCCAAAGCCUUUGACACCGUUUCACAUAAUAUUUUAUUAAAAAAGCUUGAGCUCUAUGGUCUGAAGGGUGUAACACUCGACUGGUUUUCAUCGUACCUAUCAAAUAGGCAACAGCAGUGUGUAGUAGAGGGCUGUGUAUCUAAGCCCCAGUUGAUAAGUUGUGGUGUUCCACAGGGUUCAGUUUUAGGCCCUUUGUUGUUUUUGAUUUAUAUCAAUGAUCUCCCUGGAUGUCUUCUCCAUACCAAAGCACACAUGUAUGCCGAUGAUACCACGAUAUAUGCGUCCUCUGUAUCCACUGCUGAACUAUAUGCCAAGGUCAAUAAUGACCUAACUCGCGUUAGGGACUGGCUUCUUGCAAAUAAGUUAAGCUUAAAUGUCACUAAAACGGAGUAUAUGUUCUUAACAACUACCUUCAAAUUAUCUAACUUAGGAAGAGACUUUCUAAUUAAGAUUGGCAACAAUCAUGUUAAACGAGUCCAAACAACAAAAUAUUUAGGAAUUCACUUAGAUGAAAAUCUUAAAUGGAACGAGCAUGUUGACAAACUUUGUUCAAAAGUCAAUCGAUCCAUCAGUGGUCUAAAACAGGCACGUGAUUAUGUACCAUUAGAUGUUCUAAAUACUAUUUACAAAUCUCUUAUCCAGCCUGUGUUCGACUACUGCGACGUUGUUUGGGACAAUUUAGACCAGGGACUUGCCACUAGGAUCCAGAAAUUACAAAAUCGUGCUGCACGCAUAAUAACCUUCCAAGGUUAUGAUGUUCGUUCAGCACAAAUACGAAAACAACUAAACUGGGAAGAGCUUGCCUCGAGGCGUCAAAGGCACUUAAGUCUAUUAAUGUAUGAUACAGUGAAUGGAAAUAUACCUAGUUACUUAAGCGAUCUUUUCUCGAAUGUCUGUGAGAACAACCCUUAUAAGUCUAUGCUAAGAAAUGCGGAAUAUAAUGUUGUACUGGACCACCUUCCAAAAACAGAAUAUUAUAAGGGGUCUUUCUCAUAAAGAGGAGGAAUGUUGUGGAAUUCUUUACCAAAUGACAUAAAAGCGUCCGAAUCUAAAGCUAUCUUUAAAAGAAAACUGGCUAGUAGGCAGGCAAACUGUUGACUACAUUUUACUAUAUUUUAUUAUUUGUACAUAUUUUUAGUGUAGUUGUACAGUAUUUACUUCUGUUUCUAUACGGCUUUCAUGUAAAGAAGUUAUGUAACUUAUGAAAUUACCGUAUUCAAAUAAAAGUGAAUCAAUCAAUCUGUCUGUCUGUCUGUCUAUCUAUCUAUCUAUCUAUCUAUCUACCUACCUACCUAUCUGUGUUUCUGUCUGUCUGUCUGCCUAUAUCUAUCUAUCUAUCUAUCUAUCUAUCUAUCUAUCUAUCUAUCUAUCUAUCUAUCUAUCUAUCUAUCUAUCUAUCUAUCUAUCUAUCUAUCUAUCUAUCAUCUAUCUAUCUAUCUAUCUAUCUAUCUAUCUAUCUAUCUAUCUAUCUAUCUAUCUAAAAUGCAUGCUGUGUACAACUCUAAACAUUGUACUCUGAGACUGUACGGAGAUAUUAAAAGUAGAUACUAAGCAGCUAUGGAAAUGAUGUCAUUACUUUCAUGCGAUAUUGAUAUCUUAUAAAACGGACAACAAAUUCAGCAGGAAUAUACGCGCGAACUGAAUCAACUGUGUGUUGUAUAAGGUUCUGUUCAACUUACACUUUUUUCCUGUGCUGAACAUAUACUGUACCGAGCCGUAUCUUGGUCCGGUACAAAGAAGCUAUGUAUAUUUAUACUGACAGAGUCAUGGGCCCCUGAUACCGAUAAAAAUCAUCGUUCAAUUUUUCGAGUGUAGAAUCCCUGAAAGAGUACUCCUCAAUGGAGCAAUAUCAAUAUGUAGAAGGUUUUCAAAGGUUUCACACCGGUUUGAAGCUAAGAUGUGCCGCUUGUCUCUCCUUGCAAUUUUUACUUUUUGAGUAUAUACAUUAUAAAAUACAACACUCGUUUUGUAUUCCACACGAAAAAGUAGUAUAACGGCACCGGGGCCUUUGACAUUAAAACUCAUCUCCCUCUCAUCUCAUCUGUUUUGCCUUGUUUGCUUAUUUGUUUUGCUGUUUUUUGUUUGCUUGUUUGUCUUUAAAUAUAUACUCAAACAACUGUUACUAAAGUGCAAUAAGCAGCAAGAAAAGUAUUGUUUCCAGAACAAGGAUAGUAUAUUUAUAAUCUGAAUUUCUAUCAUUUCCUAAAAUUCACUGUGGGAAAACCAGAGGUGAUAACUAAUUGAUCAAUAAUUUUUCUAAACAACGUACCCACGAGUUGACGAUAGUCUUUCUUUGAUUGUUUUUCCUUUGAUAUUCUAAUUUGGUAAUCCCAGUGAUGUUUCGAAAAACAAAAGCCCUAAUUUGCACAAGAAAGCAAAACCCUGAAGGAUUCUGGUCGUAGGAGAUAUAUAGGAAAUAUAGUCUGUCGGCACUCUACCUCUAUUCAUGCGUCAACUUUCACAACGAUGUGUUAGCAUAGUAUUUUAAGGUUUAAUUUGACCAGCAUUUUGUGCAGCGACUUCUACAGUCACGAUUGCCUUCAAACUUGCAGGUCUAAAACUAGAGAGCUCUGAGGCUUAUGUGCUGAAGUUAGGGAAAACUCUGUCGUGGGAUUUUGAAGUUAUUUACAUAUUUAGUAAAAAUGAGGAUUUAAAUAUAUGCCGAUAUCUCAAAGGUUUCUAUGGGUGCGUUCCUUUCGGUGAAUCCAAAAACGGAUUUUAGAUCUAAGAACGGAUUUCGCGUUCCUUUCGACAAAUCCAAAUCCGGAUUUUUGAUCUGGUGAAUCCUUUUUGAAAAAGGAUUCAUUGGAUUUGAAAUCCGAAGAAUCCAAAUCCAGAUUAACGGAUUAGUGAUCUACGCUGUUCCAUUCACAGUGGAUCCGAAAUUAGUCAGAUGAUCCAGCGGUAUUUCCAGUUGAGGUAUUCCCAUAGAGGUCGUAGAGUUUCCUCGUUGCUGUCAUUUGCCGCAAAACAUCUGAAAACACUAGAAGAUUGUUCCAGGUACAUUAAAAUAUCCAUAUACUAACCACUUGUCUCUAAAGAUGGCUUGAAAUCAGAAAUAAGUAAAAGUAACAAAUGAACUGCUAUCUAAUUACAAACUCGCUUGUAGACGCGACAGGCACUCGAUCGUGCUACAUAAAAAAAUCCGAGCUAUGGAACUGGAUCAAACUGGCCGACAUUCUUUAGAUAAUUUUCAAUUUUAAUGCGCUUCUUUCUUUGUCUGUUUUAUAUGUUCCAUCGUCGCUAUUCGAACUGCCGACCACUAAAUUCUGCACGGUAUAAUCGCAUAAUUUGUCAAACAGUAGAAAACACGUCAUUUUUUGGGAGGAUGUCGUGCAUACUGCACGCUUUGGCGAAAGGUUACCAAGGUUACAAAUCCAAUUUCGGAUUUCGCGUUCCUUUCGACCGCGAAAUCUGGCAAAUCUAGGAUCAAAAAUCCGUUUUUGGAUUCGCCGAAAGGAACACACCCUAUAUCUACAAGAAAACAAAUAACAUUUUCUCAAAGUUCCAUCAAUAUUUAUUUGGUACGCCAGAAAUCAUAGAAAUCGUUUGAAUCUUUCAUUCUAAAAAAUGCAAAUCAAAAACAUAGCCAAUAUGCAUAUUAAUAGGUUUGGGCCACCUUGAUUGGAGUGUCUGACUUUUCUGAUUUGUUAACAAUUGACAUUCCACUCUACAUAUGAUCAUGAUGUUUGGUUGAAAGCCGCUUCUAGUUUCUGUGAUUUUUUGGAAUUAACAAACCAGCGUGAAAAGAAUCAAAUAUACUGCAAAUUGCUAGCAAUGAGUCUCUCAACAAAAAAAUCAAGCUCUUGUGAUGUGUGUAGUUGUAGUUCACACAUUGUGGCAACUUUCGCUGAGGGACCAGUCAUAAAGUACAGGGGGGGGUUGGGCUAUGAAAAGUUGGCGGUGGGUCACUAUUUUUUAACACGUUAAAAAGGGUGGGUCAGGAAAAAUAAAGCACUGCAUUAGGAGUGGGUCAUGUUAAAUUAUUCACAUAUCACUACAAACGUUAGUAAAAUCUUUUUUAACGAUAAAUCUAAUUUUCCACAUUAAUCCAACUUUAUGUGACAACAGGAAUUCACAUGUUAAAUAUUUUGUUUCUAUUUAUAAACAAUCUUUAAAUCUGAAGAGUAGUCACACGAGAAACGUUUUAUAGUAUAAAAUCUAGAACAAAGCCCUACUGUGUGUUCAUAAACCUAACUUAUGUUAACAUCUUUUUUAAUACCUUCUUCUAAUCAUCUUUAGUCAUCUUCACCAUUACCAUCCCCCUCAGGAGCAUUACCAUCCUCCUUGUCAUUAUCAUCAUCAUCAUCAUCACUAUCAUCUAUAGCACUCAAUACAACUGGUGACACGUUUGCUCAAAUUGUUUCAAUAGCAUCCACUGUAAAUUUACCUUUACUUAUUAAUAGUUUUAACCACCUACCAUCUCUCUUUUGUAAACUGAUAAGGCCUAUCACACUACAAUGAUCAGAGGUUGAGAUGAUGAGUGACUGAUUGCGGAGAACACUCUCUCACAAUUUUUCUCUGCUCUGCCACAGCGUCGCUUCCUAGCUUUUGCUUUAUUUUCUAUCACUCUUCUCUUUUUCAAGACGAAUGUUUCUUUUGCAAAAGGAUACAUUCUCUUGUGUUUUUCUUUUUGGGCCUCUGCCCUCAUCAAAGUCUGGUCAAUGUUACUUUGCAAUUCUGCAAUCAUUCCCAAGCAUUUUUCAUUGAAGCGUUGCCCACACUCUUGCCCACUGAUGAUUUUCCCUGACUUUUUAGUGAACCGCUGGGCAUUCUCUUUCUGGAUACUACUCUUCAGCUUCUCAGAUUUCUCUUUCAAAUCCUGAAGUUUUUUAAUCUUGUGAUUAAAUUGCUUGGCGGUCAGUAGGCUUUAAGGGUUCCUCUUCUGAAUCGCCUUAAAGUGGUAAGCCAAUGAUCCCUAAUGUACCUAUCCAUAUCAGCGUUACUGGUUUCGGUUGGGAGGUGGGUCACAAUUUUUUUCUGUGCCACUCCAGGGGUGGGCCACCCCAAUUUUGUCAAAUAACUCGGGGGUGGGCCACUGAAAAGCAGUACUUAAAAAACAAUUUUUAUAGCCCACCCCCCCCCGGAACUUUAUGGCCGGUCCCUGACGAGAUAUCAACAGCAUCUUUAUUAAAAAUUCAACUUGGCUUACAAUCGUGAAAUAAUGUUAGCUUAAUUUGUUCUUUAUAGCUUUUAACACCACUUUCUGCUUGAUUUUUGAAAGAAAAUUGUCUUGAAUUUAACAAAUAACAGUGGCCAGAUAAGACAACAGUGCAUUCGCUGAAUAGCCUUCUUUGUGUGACAGCAAAACACAAAUUUGCACAGGGUCAAAACGUGUAAUUUUUAAAAAACCUACUCCUUAAUGUACUGUUUUUGCAUACUACACGUUAUGAAAAGAUUCAGUUUUCAGUGCUUCGAAAAACUUACUGGCUUAAACUUUAAAAACAGCUUAAUGAACUAUAAGGUUUUCAAAUAUCCUAUAUAGAUUUCUUCCAGUAGAGUUCGCUGGAACAUCCAUUUGUCUAAAAGAACUCAAACUCUAUGACACCGCUUUUGGAAGCGUUGCCAAUCAGUCUAAAAUUCAUUUCAGCUUGAAGAGUUAAACAAAACCUGCAGGCAGUUACAAGUGAAGCUAAAUUUUGUAUCAUCUCAAAGUUUUUAGUAAAAAAAUUUAGUUUUCAAGGUGGUGUAGUGGUUUUAAAAUGACUUUUUUAAAAGCAUGUUUUGCACAGAUACGUAAAUACCAAUCCUCCAAAAAGUAAAUUAUACGCAACAGUCUACAGGAUGCAUAGGUAAAAAUUUGUACACGUGUUAGUCCUGGCCAAGCUUUACCACUGAUUCUUGGAAUUGCUCAAGAACUUUGGCCAUGAUACUUACAGUUUUUAUGCCAUGGUGCGCCAUGUGAAUCGCAUAGCGGAAUACAGGAACAGUGGCGGAUCCAGGCUUUGAGAUAACGGGGGGGCCUGGUCUCGAAAAAAUGUUUCGCGGCCCUUCGGGCCUCAGUUUUGUCUAAAAAUAAGGGUGGGGGGUCCAGGCCACCUGGGCCACUACCCUGGAUCCACCACUGAGGAAUCACAUAGCUUGUGAAGAGAGUCGCGUAGCCCGUGACACAAUUCGCAUCUCCCGAGAGGCUUCUAACUUUCUUUUGAGCUAUACUGUAACCCGUAUAUUUGACAAAACAGUGUAGAUGAUAUAGCCAAGAUGACAAAACUGUCACCAAAUGUUGAUAAAAAUGGAGUGGCAAGAUUAAAACAGUCUACCAGUUAAAGCAUUUUGCAAAACUCUCACUUCCCUGAAAUUAGGUAGUGAGGAUCUCCAUUGUUAAAAGAGCUAUAAACUAACAUGUAAUCUUUGAUAUAAUUUAACUAUGAAACUUUGUUUGAUCCAUCAAAAUCAUGUUGACUUCAAUAAAUUGUCAAACAACUCUAUGUGCUUUACAAAACUUCAUUGCUGAUUCCGUACAUGCGAGUCAAAAUAAGUUAAUCCAUAUAUGCCCACGCUAAAACUUUUGUGAUGAACAGUCAGUUCAUCAGUUUUGGGUGAGUUUGAUUAUGUUCAAUAAUAUUACUGAACCUAAUCAAAUUGUGGUUAUUGACCCCAUUAAUCAUUUUGAUUAAGAUGAUAUUUGUCAGUUGUCAGUUAAGCCAUGAUGUUAGUGGGUACGAAGACUUAAUGGGACAAGGGUAUUUCAUUCUAUCUUUGAUCGCAGUUGUAAAGUCUUUUUAGUAUACAACUGUACAUGUAUUGUUAGGGCCUGUUUACAUGGGGUUGGGGACCCCAGGUAGGUGAGGUAACCUGCAUAGGUGGGGUAACAAACUAACUCUCCUUUAUAUGCAAUCUUACAACCUGUUACAUCCUGGGGUGCGCUUUCUCAAGAUUAUUGAAAGGUCAAGAAUAAUGCUGGCAAACCACGUGUUUUGGCGAUUAAUGCUCUUCUACUCUCACUUGCUGCUCUUGCUGCAACCUUCAUUGCUGUGGCUUUUUAUUGUUACCUUUCUUAAUGAUGCAAAUCCACUGCCAAACUGAAUUUUGCGUGAAUGAGACGUGUCAUGAAUCCAACCCCAACUAGGUGGGUUAACCCACCUUGAAAUAUUUACAUGGCAAAAUUUGACCCCAGGUGAGAGGGUUACCCUGGCAGACUGGGAUAUCAGCCUUGGUGGGUCACCCCACAUAUCAUGUAAACAUGAUCAAAUUAAAAUGAACGAUUAUAUGACCUGGGGGAUUACCCCACCUAAGCGGGUUACCUCGCCAACCACUUCCAUGUAAACAGGCCCUUAGUCAAAAAUUUUAGUUGGUUUUUCAGUCAUUUUAUCGUUGUCGGUUUGUUCGAGUUGAUCAAUAAGUUCACUUUUCCAAAGUGACAAUAAGUAGUCUAUAAAAUAAUCUGUAUUGCAUGUUGAUUGUUCAUUUGUAAAUGAUGUUAAGCAAUGUGGUUGUUGGAAUCACCAUUUCCUACUACUGGUCUCACCAAUGCAAGUGGCCUGGCAGUUGCUGCUCUCUCUCUCUGUCCUCCAGUCUGUGAAAAAAAAUUGUCCCUGACAUAUGCAUGCAGUUACCAUAAAGAGAUAAUCAGUUUGUGUACAAUGUAUAUGUUAUAUGGUUAUUAGUAGUUAGUGUACAAUAGUUUAAGAGGUGCCUCAGAUCUGAAGUGCAGUAAUUGUCAUAAUGAUCCUGCUAGUAUAGGGUGUUCUGCUAAAUACGGGUUUCACUGUUUAUUAUGAUGGGAGCCUGCGUAAUACACACCCCGUAAUUAUACAGAAACCUAUGUCGUUUCUUUGGAGUCCUUAUUAACCAGGUUCUUUUCUAGUUGCUGGAAUAGCAGAAAUUUAACUACAGCUGGGCCCCUUUCCACAGCCCACAGGCAGAUCCUUCCUUAUAGUUCUCAAGCUAAGGCCUGCCGUUUGACCACAUAAGGGCUGCCAUCCGCUACUCUAUCCAGAAUUCCCACUCCAGGUCUUCUAGGUGGUCUCUCUUCCCAUGCGUUGGGGUAUGACCAAGCCAGACUCUCUGUCCUCUUUAGAGGUGCCCAAAUACCAUAACUAGAGGAAGUUAUCAUGCUACCCUCUCCAGCCCCACCCCCUUUUUUAAAUUAAAGAGUGAUUGUCUGUACUUAUUGAUCAUGACUAUUAUACUUUAUGUGGAGUCACUCAGUAUCGUUUGUUUUGCUGGAAGUUCAGAUUUGUUUUUGAUCUACAGUUGCACAACAUGCCACUUUAUGUGUGUGAACAUUGCUACUUAACUGUACAUUUCAAUUUGUUAAAAAAAUUAAUUCUAUCUCCUGGUUGGUUGGUUGUUUCCUGGUACAAACAGGAAGUCAGAACUGUGACACUAGUCCUAUUCUUCUUCCUGCUAAGUGUGUGUUAUUUUACAAAACACAGGGGACUGUCUGAUCUAAAUACACAGUCAACGUUACAUUAACUGACUCCUGUUUUUAGGUGUGCAGUCAGAUGGUGCAUGGUCAGAAACCACCUUUUUCUUCAGCGGUUGUUCUUUACAAUAAUAAUUAUUUCUAAUUUAUUUUCCAAAUAUUCCUCUCAACUUUUAAACUAUUUGUUAUAGACCUUGUUUUCACUAGCCGGCCACAAAGUUUGUUCAAUGUAUUGCCCAAAAAAAUACAAAGAAUGUUACAUUUACCUAAUAAUGUUUGUGCUUUCUGUUAAAAGGUACCCUAACCAUAACACAUUAAAAGAGGAACAAGCCCAAUGUCCUUUGAGUGCCAGCAGUGUGGUAAGUAUUUUAGCCAAGCAAGACAGCUAAGGACUCAUGAAAGAGUCCACAAUGGAGAAAAGCCUUUCGAAUGUAAACAGUGUGGCAAGCGUUUUAGUCAAGCAGGAAACCUAAGGAGUCAUGAAAGAGUUCACACUGGGGAAAAGCCUUUUGAAUGUAAACAGUGUGGCAAGUGUUUUAGUAAAGCAGGACACUUAAGUCGUCAUAAGAGAGUUCAUACUGGGGAAAAGCCUUUUGAAUGUAAGCAGUGUGGCAAAUGUUUUAGCCCAACAGUUCACUUAAAGAUUCAUAAUCGAGUUCACAGUGGUGAGAAACCUUAUAAAUGUAAACAGUGUGACAAGUGCUUUAGCACAGCAGGAGAACUAAGGCGUCAUGAAAGAGUUCACACUGGGAGAAAGCCUUUUGAAUGUAAAGAGUGUGGCAAGUGCUUUAGAGAAGCAGGACACUUAAGUUGUCACAAGAGAGUUCACACUGGAGACAAGCCUUUUGAAUGUAAACAGUGUGGCAAGAGAUUUAGCACAGGUGGAGAGCUAAGUAGUCAUAAUCGAGUUCACAGUGGUGAGAAACCCUUUGAAUGUAAACAGUGUGGCAAGUGCUUUAGCCAAGCAAGACAGCUAAGGACUCAUGAAAGACUUCACACUGGGGAAAAGCCUUUUGAAUGUAAACAGUGUGGCAAGUGUUUUAGUCAAGCAGGACACUUAAGUCGUCAUAAGAGAGUUCACACUGGGGAAAAACCUUUUGAAUGUAAACAGUGUGGGAAGUGCUUUAGCACAGCAGGAGAACUAAAGAAUCAUGAAAGGGUUCACUCUGGGGAAAAGCCUUUUGAAUGUAAACAGUGUGGCAAGUGUUUUAGUCAAGCAGGAAACCUAAGGACUCAUGAAAGAGUUCACACUGGGGAAAAGCCUUUCGAAUGUAAAGAGUGUGGCAAGUGCUUCAGUGUAGCAGGACACUUAACUCGUCAUAAGAGAGUUCAUACUGGGGAAAAGCCUUUUGAAUGUAAACAGUGCGGCAAAUGUUUUAGCCAAACAGUCCACUUAAGGACUCACAAACGAGUUCACACUGGUGAGAAACCUUAG